UCUCUUCCUUUACACUCUAUAAAAAACAAAGGCACAGAUACACCACCAAAAUGUCCGAUCCCACACCACAACACCAAGACCAGUUACCAGCCCACCUAAACCCAUCAAACUACCCCCAAACCCGCACCCACCCCUCCCUCAACAUCCACCUCACCCUAACCUACGCCCCCCUAAACCCCCAAACUCACAUCAACGCCAUAUCCUCCCCCUCCGCUGGCGCAAACCUCCUCUUCCUCGGCACAACCCGCGACACCUUCGACAACCGCCCCGUCACAACACUCAGCUACACGACCUACCCGAUUCUCGCGUUCAAAACGCUCAUGGAUAUUGCUGAGAACGCGGUUAGAGAGCAUGGACUGUUGGGGGUUAGUAUUGCGCAUCGGCUGGGUGAGGUGCCGGUUGGCGAGUGUUCGAUUGUGGUUGGUGUUAGUGCGGGGCAUCGGGGGGGUGCGUUUCGGGGUGGGGAAGAGGUGCUUGAGAGGUGUAAGGAGAGGGUGGAGGUUUGGAAGAGGGAGGUUUUUGGGGAUGGGGGGAGUGAGUGGAGGGCGAAUACUGAAAGGGAUCGGGAUGGUAAUUUGAAAUAAUUGGAUUUAAGGUGCAAAGCUUCCAAUCGUUGAUGUGCUCCAGAAUCACCUUCGAUGCUGACUCGGGGGUAUCUUGACGGCCGAUACAUUCGACGAAAUCGUUCUCGGGAUCUGCCACCAUUAACACACGAUGUCAUGAGCGAUGGGGAAAAGGGAGAACAUACCCAUGAGAUAGAAAUAGAUACUAUGAUCCACCAAAUAAUCCUCUCCCGGCUUCACAUCCCGCGGCGUACUAAAGUACACCCGGUACAUCUUGCACACAUGCUUCACCUGGUCAUACGUCCCCGUCAACCCAACAAUCCCCGGAUGAAAC